CUCGGUCACAAACUGGCAUGUUCACACACUCAGAGUGACACCAAAGCCAUGGAGGGAGAAAAGAGGAAUGACACGUCCUUCUCCAGGAAGAGAAGUUUCACUUUCGGGGCAUAUGGAGGUGUAGACAAAUUCACAUGCGGGGAAGAGCCCAGACCUGAAUCUGCACAGGACAACAUACUGGACAUCCUGGACUCACCUGCCACUGAAAGCAAGCCUUUCCUCUCUGCCAGCAGCAACCAACGGGACACCGAGCUGUUUGAAAUCAUUGAAAAGCUGCAGGGCAGCAGGAUCGAUGAGCAGCGCUGUGAGUUCCCUCUUCCUUUGAAGUCUCAGAUCUUAACGAUAGGUGGAGAGCUGCCGCUCAUCCUGCCUUCAGAGUCAGGGGGUUACUGGAUAGACCCCCCUUUGGAGAGGCUCACAGACAUGAGUCCCACAUCGUCCCACUCAGGUCCAGAACCAGAGAGCUACGACAUCCUGGAGAGAGACGGAGAGGCUAAAAUCUACCAAGAGUUCUUUCGCUCACGAUACCAUCACUCAUUCACAGCAGUGGAUCCAGCUCUGGGGCCUUUGGUUCUGUCUGUGUGUUUGGAGGAGGAGGAGAACAAGCUGCGGGUCAUACUCAGGAUGAAGGAGUGCUCUCUACAUGGAGUUUUUUCUGUCUCUCUGUUCCCCAACAUACCAUCUGCAGUCGAAUUAGCAAAGAUGCUUUGUGAGAGAGUGGCUGUCUCGAAGUUUGAAGUGGUCGGCUACCUCAAGGCUCCAGAUCUCAUAACUGCAUUUGAUGAACACAGAGUGUCUCCUAAUUUUAAGUUUGGCAUUUUGUACCAAAAAGAAGGACAGCUCACUGAGGAGGACAUACUGAGUAACAAUGAGGAGAGUGAGGAGUUCAAAGAGUUCCUCUCUAUUCUUGGAGAGACCAUUGAACUACAAGGCUUUCCCGGGUUUAGAGGAGGACUGGACGUGUGUCAUGGUCAGACAGGAAGUGAGGCGGUCUACACUUCCUUUCAUGGGAGAGAAAUCAUGUUCCAUGUUGCAACUAAGCUGCCGUUCACAGAGGGCGACCCACAGCAGUUGCAAAGAAAAAGACACAUCGGUAAUGAUAUCGUUGCGUUGGUCUACCAGGAGGGCAAGACCCCUUUUCUGUGUGAUGUUGUCAAGUCUCACUUUCUGCACUGUUUCCUGGUGGUCCGAAGGAUUCAGAGGCCAGAGGAGACAGAAGAAACUGCUUACCAGGUGUCUGUUACUGCCAGAGAGGAUGUCCCUCCGUUUGGUCCUGUCCUACCUGACCCUCCCAUCUUCACAGAGCAAUCCAUAAUGAGGGAAUUUCUUCUGACCAAACUCAUAAAUGCAGAGAUUUCCUGCUACAAAGCUCAGCGCUUCAGCAGACUUGAGCUCCGCACCAGAUCAUCUCUGCUGGAAAGCUUGCAGACUGAACUCUCAACACGUUCCCUGUGCAUGAUGGGAGAUCCAUCACUGUCUGCUCUCCCAUCUUCUGAAGUACGAGGGGUGUCUGAAGGGAGCGGAGGAUUCAUUGAGAAUUUUAAGAGAGCUAUCAGAGUGCGGAGCCACUCUUUUGAGACUCUCGGGGUUCCCAGGAAGAUUGCUAUCAGUGCAUCACAGAGGCAGAAGACGGAGAAGGAUGGAGAAAGUGAUAAAUCUCCAGGACCUCUGCCUGGUGUCUCUGACACUGCAGGAGCAGCUGAACUCAAAGAUCAAGCCAGUCCUCAAGAAGAGACAUAGAAGAAAAAUGUUGGUAGAUUUUAGAAUAAAUCAUACAUAUAGACAUAACUAGCCUAUAUGGUAACUCUAUUAUUAUCCUUGUGGAUGGCUUAUAUGUAAAUAGAGUGUAAAAGUAAAGAGUAUUUCUGAGAAUAUAAUUAUUUUACUGUAAUAGCAGUGAUAUCCUACACAAAUGAAAACCUGUACAUUGUAUUUCAGUGGAAUGUGAAAUAUAUUGUACUGCCAAGAAAGGCAAAAAUGUUUUGAUGGAGUUUA